AUGGAGAUAGGCGCCCCCGCGUCGAUCACGAGGGAAGAGGACCGACACGUCUGCAAGGAUAUCGAGCCAAGGGUUAACUACGAUAAGUUGGUUGGAGAUGGAGUCUACAGGGGCGCGUUCACGGGAGAGGAGUUGCUUAAGGAGCUGAUCGCCAACGGGAGGGCGAAGGAGAAGAAGAGCAUGGAGGAGUUCGAGGUUUUCGAAUGGGUGCCGUUCGAGGAUUGGGCGAAGCCAUUUGACGCCAAGUGGAUCGACAGCAAGAAGUACGAAUUACAAACUGGCGAGUGGAUCGUGAGGAGCAGAUGUGUUCACAUCAGGUAUAGUGACGGAACCGGCCCCGCGAACUUCGCAGGGACAUCCGCACUCUGGGCAGUAAAGCUGGCGAUAUCACGGGCAGCUUCUUUGAGGUCUGCUGACGCGCGUAAGAAGAAGCUCGGGCUCUACGACGUAUUGGUCGCGUUCUUCCACGCGUCGCUGAAAGGGCCUCAGCGCUGCUGGCCGCCACCAGAGCAACGGCGGCUAGGUAUGCAGUGGAGGUUGACGAUGGCCAUGUCUGGGACGCCAGAAGCAUCGAUGUUAUUUCAAGGGGAAGUUCGAGGCAACUUCAAUCAUCACGGAUACGGGGAGUUAAAUACAGCGUGUUGCUUGUAUUAUCAUCCUGACAUGCACUCUCUAUGCGCCGGACACGGAGACGUCUUUGCGAUGGAGGCUUAUGAUGAGGAGCUGGGUGAGUUCGAUGAGUUGGUGGCGAGCAGGUUCAAGGUCAAGCCGCAACCUCGAGUGGGGCCAGGCGGAGCGGUGGAAGGUGCGUUUCUCAACAGGGCGCUGCUGUGGGCCGAGGGGGGCUUCGGCAUCUUACCCGACCCGAGGCGGAUCCUGAAUAUGGUGGAGUUGCACGAGUUAAAACAGGCGAA